AUUUUGAUUCACGGUACGCAGUGCCGGACGAUGAAAACCAUCUGACAGUCGCCUCGAGCGUGGGCGCCUGAGAAAUUGCUGUCUCCAUCUGCCCUUCGUUAAUGUAUUCAACCAUAUUGGCUCCACGGUUAUGAGAUGGCGGCGAUGGCUCGACCGUUGAUAAUGAACCCCUAUCCUCGUUGGAUGUCGGCAAUAGCCAGGAUACCACGUCAGCGUUCAGGACUCAGACCAAGACACCAGACGAGUGCUUCAUUAUGGACCUUCUCGAAGUCGAAGGAUCCGAAGCCGUCGCUGUUAAGCUGCAGUAAACGCCAAUUCGCAGGCUUCGGAGACCGCGGGAUGCGGUAUUCGACAUCCGAGCCAAAUGAUCCCAGAAAACCACCCAAUGAUCCCAAGAGGCCGCUUCUCAAAGUUCUGACACGACUCACUCCUCAUGAGAACAUCUACACCAUCCCAAAUGUCCUUACGUUUUCCCGCCUGGUCGCCGCGCCUGUUGUUGGCUAUCUCGUUCUGCAUGAUUAUCAUGCCUGGGCCGUCGGGCUCUUUGCAUAUGCUGGCAUAACUGAUCUUGUCGACGGAUACAUCGCAAGACGGUGGAAUCUCCAAACCGUUGUCGGGACGGUCAUUGACCCCAUGGCGGACAAGACUCUCAUGACGAUCCUGACGGUCUGCUUCGCUAUCAAGGGCGCGCUUCCAAUAUGGCUCGCGGUCAUUAUCCUUGGUAGGGACGUGGGAUUGGGCAUAGCAGCCAUUUACUAUCGAUGGAUAUCCCUUCCUCCGCCGAAGACCUUUGGACGAUACUUCGAUUUCUCACUUCCUUCGGCCGAGGUUCACCCUACCACUAUCAGCAAAUACAAUACCGCUCUACAGUUGGCUUUGAUUGGAGCGACGACUGCAAUGCCACUGCUGACAACCGAUAUUAGUGCAGCGAUGACAGCUCUGCAGUAUUUGGUAGCCACGACGACUAUCUGGAGCGGAGCCAGUUAUAUAUACACCAAAGACGCCGUUAAGAUAUUAAAUCAAGACGAUGCGAACAAACCAACGCCGCCCAGCGGAAAGGAAUGAUCUGUGUAAAAUAUCCGGUGUAAGAACUAAUGUAGAUUAUCACACAAUGUAGCAAUAGAAGCCAAAGAGAACACCAUGCU